AUACGCACCCAUGAAACCCUCAACCGCAACUCAAGCACAAAAAUCCCUCAUUUUUAAAGAAUUACAAUUUUAGCAAAUGGACCGGAUAGCAAAAAUAUCUUCACAGAAAGCAGUGGUGAUAUUCAGCAAGAGUUCAUGUUGUAUGUGCCAUGCCAUCAAGAGACUGUUCUAUGAGCAAGGGGUGAGCCCUUUGAUCCAUGAGCUCGAUGAGGACUCUAAGGGGAAGGAAAUGGAGUGGGCUCUAAUGAAGCUGGGUUGCAGUCCUUCAGUCCCUGCAGUAUUCAUCGGGGGAAAGCUAGUCGGAUCUGCUAACACGGUGAUGACUCUUCAGCUCAAUGGGACACUCAAGAACAUGCUGAAAGACGCUGGAGCUUUGUGGCUUUAAUACCUAAAUACUUCCGAAUCACAUAGCUAGCUUAGCCUGAAUAAGACCAACUCAACUGUACUAAUUUCUGAACUUUCCACUCAUCUUCCUUUUUUGUUUGCUAGCUAGGGAUGGCUCCCAUGGAAAGUAAAUCCAUGAGGAGGAUGUUAGUUACCAGCCUUCUUACAAUGGCCGAAUACAUAUAUUCAGCACUCAUGUUUAUAAUUCACUUUUACUAAUUUUUUCUUGUGAUGCGUUGCAUACCUAUAUAUCAUCAGAACGC